CAGUGUCAAAUCUUGAGGACUUUUUUGGAAUUUACUCCAAAAAUGAAAAAAAGGGGAAAUCUGCCAAGAAAACCCAAAAUUCCAAAAUCGUUAGGGUUUUUGCGACGAAAUGUCGACGGGCAGGCCAGAGGACGGCGACGCUCAGUUGGCACUAGCGGAACAGAAGGUAGGACUACCGCCGCGACCUCCGUUGGCAGCAUCGACGGCGAUUGUAGAGUACGAGAAACCGGUAUUCAAGGAGGACGAAGAGGACUUGGAGGUGAAGCUCCGCCGGAUUAUAGAGAAUGUGCCUGUCCGCGUCAGUAACACUUCCGGAAGUUCUGCUGGUUCUGGGUCCGGUGAUUUCCACCAGUAUCGACAGAUGAGAAGGAAAGAGCAAGACAGGCUUGCGAGAAUGGAUGCUGACUACCAGAAAAGGAAGGAAAUCGCUGAGUUUAACUUGAGGAGGGAAGAAAAAAUUAAAGCUGCUGAGGAACGGACAGCAAAGAAGCGCUUGAAACGCCAAAAGAAGAAGCAAAGGAAAAUGGAGAAGAAGAUGAAAUCGAGUGCUGGGGGAGAAGAGAAUAAGAAAGAAGAAUCUUCUGAUGAUGCAGGGGACUCUGACAAUGAUGAAGCAGCAGCACAGUGAGCAAAAUUUUACUAGAAUUUAAUGCUCCAGCCUUUUUCAUGCUUGAUCCUGUGAAUUUGGCUCCAAUUAGAAGGAAUCAGAUUUACCAACAACGAGAUAUUGUGGUUCAGUUCUGAUUUUUACUGAGUUGGUCUUCCUUGUCUACAUACUUGUAAGCAGUGAAGGCAUGAGGCUUGGGGGAAAAUGAAAGUCCAAAGAAAAAGGUCUGAAAUAUUUGAAUUUCUUGUAACAGAAGUUUUGCUAAUCCUGACUGACAGAUUGAAUGCCUUAACCACUCUUGGAUGCUGUCCUGCCAUCGAAAACAUAUUAAAUGAGUUCAUUUGAUGCCUGUUGUAUACUUUGAAAUCUUUGUUGGCUUAAGAAGAUUUGUAUUUACUGACAA